AUGGCAUUUUCCCUCCCCAACACCCUCAAGCUCGCCCAGCUGAAGCAGCUAGCCUUCAAAUGCGGAAUCUCCACCUCCGGCACAAAGCCCAUCCUCACGCGCCGCCUCCUCGAUGACCUCGCCCUCCUCCAACCUCUCCAACAACCCGCGAAAGCUGGGAAGCAGCUAUGGAUGGGCCACAAAGGGGAGAGGACGCGGAUCUUGAGCAUCGACAUGGGGAUCCGGAACCUCGCGUACUGCAUGCUCGAUGUUCCGCCCAGGGGAGGGGGAUUGCCGUGUAUCCACGCCUGGCAUCGACUUGCCGUGUCCAGCGCUCCAGUUCCAAGCCCGGAUGCUGCUGCCCUCGAUGCUGAUGCAGCGCUCGCCACAGCAGCGGCAGCAGCGAAGGAAGCGUUCGAUCCCGCGACCCUGUCCGCUGCUGCUUACGCGCUCCUGCGGCACCGUCUCCUGCCUUUAGACCCGACGCACAUCCUGAUCGAGCGCCAACGGUUCCGGAGCAUGGGCUCGAAACAUAUCCUCGAGUGGACAAUCCGCGUGAACAUGUUUGAGAGUAUAUUGUAUGCUGUACUGUGCACGCUGCGGGAGGAAGGGGUCUGGAGGGGCGAGGUACGGAGUAUUGCCCCUGGAAAGGUUGGACCGUUCUGGAUUGGUGAGGAGGGAGCCGAAGCCGAAGCCGAAGCAGAAGAUGGGGUUGGGGAUGAAGUCAGACCUGACUCAGGAGUAGAGCUCGAGAUGGAGAAAGGAGAAGAGAGAGGUAAAAGCAAGAAGAAGAUCCGCAGAUCCCAAAACGCGAAGAUCAAGAAUAAAGGGCUGAAGAUCGAUCUUGUGCGCAGCUGGCUCGAGGGCGGUGAUGUAGUCGGCUUUGGGAAUGAGCAAGUGGAGAGCGUGGCGAGGGCGUACAGAGAGAAAUGGGAUAGGGCACCUGGGGCAAGGAGGGGGCCGAGGGGGAGGGAGAGGGAGGGAGAGAAGAUGGGCAAGUUAGAUGAUAUGGCGGAUUGUCUUUUGCAGGGCAUGGCUUGGGUGCAGUGGGAGGAGAAUAAGAGGGCCCUGGUGAAGAAUGGAGUUGAGGCUUUGUUGGAGUCUUGA